AUGACUGCGACGGGCGUUUCGCUCCUCAAGUUUGUCGGCACCGUUUCGCUCGGCUUGCUGACGGGCGUCUCCUACUCCAUCUCGACCCUCGCCCUCCCCUCGCUCCUCCGUCUCCCCUCCUCUUCUUCGGCUUCUCAGGGUCUCACCAUCCUUAACGAUGCCCUCAAGGCUCCCGUCCUAGCCCUCACCUCGCUCGCCUCGGCGCCCUUCCUCAUCAGCUUCUUCCUCGCCCCGCGCUCCGCCCGCCACCCCUACCUUCUCUAUACGGCCCUCUUCGCCACACUCUCCUCCGUUGCUCCCGCCCUUCUCCCAUCCCCCGCGCCCCGACAAGUCGCUCCCGCCGCACCUCGACAGUCGUCCCGCGCCAAGAUGGAAGCUAGCUACGAAGUUCUCGGUGAUAGCCACAGCGAGCCCGCUAGCGAGGAGGACAUUGACGACGUCAACGGCGAGGAGGUGAGAGCCGAAGUCGAGACCCUUGCGCGAAGCUACAUCGCCCGGACGGCGCUCUCUUCCCUGGGCUUCGUCAUGGCUGUUGUUGGCAUCUGGGGUGAUGGCGCACCCCAGGCUGUUGUCUAUGUGUCGUAA